GACCCCACGGAUGAGUUGACGCGGAUCCGGCAGCUCCUUCGCCCACCGCCCAUACCGGGAGUGCAAGACUGGGGCAUACCUCCAGAGCCGACUGAACCAUGCGAUGAAGCCAUCAAGGCGAAGAUCACCAACUUCCUGAAGCUCAAGCGAGACCCGCAAAACCCAAGACACUUCAACGACUCCCUCAUGUCCAACCGUGCCUUCCGCAACCCACAUUUGUACACGAAGCUCGUCGAGUUCGUAGACGUCGACGAGCGCACUACCAACUUCCCCAAACACAUCUGGGACCCGCUGAACGUAAAGGAGGAGUGGUACGCCGACCGCAUAGCGGAAGCGCAGAAAGCGCGCUCCGAGGCGACUUCGGCCUCGCAGCACUCUUCACAACGUUCUCGCAUUGAGUUCGCCUCUGCUUCGGCGUCGGCGGCCUCCCUUCGGCAACACCGCUUUGACGGAGGCAAACCAGGCCGUCACCAGCCUUACAGCUUGUCAAACCGCGGAGGGGAUAAUAAGGACUCCGGUGAUGGGGUACUAGGCGGCGGAUACGGGAAGGGCAGGGGUAGGAGUCGGUGGGGGUGGUGA